AUGUUCAACAGUAGUCAAUUCACCCCAAAAUAUUUUCUGCUGACUGGUCUCCCUGGCCUGGAGCCCCUAUACCCUUGGUUUGUCUUUCCAUUCUGUACCAUGUAUCUUGUGGCUCUUGUGGGCAAUAGUCUGAUUCUGACAGUGAUCAAGAAAAAUACCUCUCUCCCCCAGCCAAUGUAUCUAUUCCUAGCUAUGCUAGCCUUUGCAGAGCUUGGUGUCUCUGCUUCUACCCUGCCCACUGUGCUGGGCAUCUUCCUUUUUGGUGCCAAUGAGAUCUGCUUUGAAGCCUGCCUUUUCCAAAUGUUCUCCAUACAUUCAUUUUCCAUCAUGGAGUCAGGAGUUCUGCUGGCCAUGUCUGUGGACCGCUUUGUGGCCAUCUACAACCCUCUUCGGUACACCGCCAUCCUGACCCUGCCCCGUAUUGCUGGUUCUGCUGCUGUUCUCGGACUAAAAGGUGUGAUGCUCAUGUUUCCAUUGCCUUUGCUCCUGAAACAUCUGCCCUUCUGUGGCCACAAUGUCCUCUCCCACUCCUAUUGUCUUCACUCAGACCUAAUCCAGCUGCCUUGUGGGAACACUGGCACCAACAGCAUUCUGGGGCUCUGCAUUGUGACUUCUACCUUUGGACUGGACUCAUUGCUCAUUGUCAUCUCUUAUAUGCUGAUCCUGCACACAGUGCUGGGCAUUUCUUCAGGGGAGGGACGACGGAAGGCCCUUGGCACGUGUGCCUCACAUAUCUGUGCGGUCCUCGUGUACUACGUGCCCAUGAUCAGUGUGGCCCUGGUGCACCGCUUUGUGAAGCAGGCUGCCCCUGCUGUCCGUCUGUUCCUGGCCAACGUCUAUCUUCUGGUGCCUCCUGUGCUCAAUCCCAUCAUCUACAGUGUUAAAACCAAGCAGAUUCGCCAGGGGCUAAUCUGA